AUGUCCAUUGUUGUUUCAAAAAGCACCACCAAGCUUAGUACGAUUGAGUCUUACACCAUUCUUAGAGCAGAUAUUUAUAAGCAAGUGGUUCGUAUGUUUUCAAUCGCUACAUUGGGAAUCCUCCGUGCAAGGUCAGUGGCACCCUUUGCUUUUUGUUUAAAGAAUCGUAUUGGACAUUCCCUUGCCAGUUUGCAGAUUCCGGAUAUCAUUUUGAAACUCCAAGGUGGGAAGAUAUGGAUAAUAUCCUCAAGUAAUUCCAUGCAACAAGUAGGGAAAGAUGUGGCUUGUCUUGCAAUUAUUAAUGGUGGUGCGACAAGUGAACAUGGGAUUGUGAUCGGGACGUUUCAAAUGGAAAAUUACUUUCUGUUCUUUGAUCUAGUCAACUCAAGUUUAGGGUUCAGUUCUUCUUUAUUAAGCAAAAAGACUUCUUGUGCAAACUUCAACUUUACCACACAUAGCCUUUGA